CUACUCUUGCGUGUCAUCCAUGUCUGAUCAUCUUUUGCCUUAUUCUGGGAAAAAAUAAAAUAUUGAAUGGCGUCGCUUUGCUUGUCUACUUCUAUCGUUUUAAUUUUAAAACGAUGUCGUUGCACAAUCCAAAACACUCGGGGUCCAGACUCCGGAUACGUGUCGAUAUAUGAUUACAUCCCUCCAAAUCUCAAAUUUAAAAGAAAAAACUAAAGCGAAAAGAAAAAAAAAUGGAACCUACCAUGUGGGACGGUUAAUUGUGAUUGGCCAAUUUCAAAAAAACCAAAACAAGCACCAGGGCCCCACACACACUGUUGUCUCCUCUAUUUUUGUCCUCAUUUUAUGUCGCCAAAAAUAUUUAUCCUUUUUAUUUUUUAUUUUUAAAAAUGUAAUUUAAUAAUUUAUCCGCCUCUUCGAAUAUUCAAAAAUCGUGGUUUUCAUUUUUACUGGGUAUCGGUGUGUCCCCCCACUGUCACUCUAGAUUUUGCUUACCUGGUUAAAACAAUCCAUCGCUGAUUAAGACGUUUUAGAGAGAGAUAGAGAGAGGAGAGAGAGAGAGAGGAGGGGGUUUCUACUUUCUAUAGAUGCCUUUAAUUUGAAUUCAGAGAGAUAAAGUGACAUAAUCGAGACACAGAGAGCCGAGACUGGAAUCUCUGGUUGCGUUUUAGAGAGAGAGAGAGCGAGCAUUGAUGAUGCAAGCUUGGAUUGGCUUGGCUCGGCAUUGAUAUAUAGAGAGAGAGAGAUCGGCGGCAUUUCAGAGCGAGAACCAGAGGCUCCAGUUGAUGUCGUAGAGUGCUUGAUCGAAGUUACAAGAAGUGCGUAUAGAGAGAUAUAUGAACGGAAUGGGAAGGCAGGGGCAGAGAUCUGGUGCGGCGGCGGUCCAUCAUCAGCGCCAGUAUUCGGAUCAGUUUAUGGAAUCCUCGUCCAAUGGAAGAUGGCUGCAAACGGCUGGUCUUCAGCACCUCCACUCAUCGAAUGCAACCAUUCCUCCUCUUCAGGAUUAUAAUUUCUAUGGCGGAGAUGUAGGAGGGCAGGGAUCAAGAUUGUUUCGCAAUGCUCAAAGGGGUUUCAAUGGAGUAAAUGAGUUUUACACAGAGCCCUCUACCCCUCCUUUGAAUCCCCACUCAUCAAAUCAGAGAAAGAAUGGUGAAGAUUCACCAAAUGAAUUCAGUCCCGGGCUUCUGGAUCUGCAUUCUUUUGAUACCGAGUUACUUUCUGAGAUGCAACUUCCUGGCCUGCAUGAUGGUUCUUCUAUUUUUCAUCAUCUUCGAGGCCGAAGUUUCGAUGACUCUGAAACCUACCUUGCAAGCAAGCAACAAAUUGGGAGCUCCCGUGCUUUGCCUGAGACCAACCUCCAGAAAAGUCUUGUUGCUGACAAAGAGAAGGCCAAUCCUGUUGCAAAGAUUAAAGUUGUGGUUCGGAAGAGACCACUUAACAAGAAGGAGUUAGCAAAGAACGAGGAGGAUAUUAUAGAUACACAUUCCAAUUCUCUAACAGUUCAUGAGACUAAGCUUAAGGUUGACCUAACAGAAUAUGUUGAGAAGCAUGAAUUUAUUUUUGAUGCUGUGCUGAAUGAGGAGGUUUCAAAUGAUGAGGUGUAUCGGGAGACUGUGGAGCCCAUAGUUCCAAUAAUUUUUCAACGCACCAAAGCAACUUGUUUCGCAUAUGGACAAACUGGAAGUGGAAAAACAUAUACUAUGAAUCCAUUACCUCUGAAAGCAUCACGAGAUAUCUUGAGGUUAAUGCUUCAUACUUACAGAAACCAAGGAUAUCAAUUACAUGUCAGUUUCUUCGAGAUUUAUGGAGGAAAACUUUUUGAUCUUCUCAAUGAUCGAAAAAAACUAUGCAUGAGAGAGGAUGGUAAGCAGCAAGUCUGUAUAGUGGGUUUGCAAGAGUAUCGAGUGUCAGAUGUAGAGACUAUUAAGGAGCUAAUUGAGAAAGGAAAUGCCACUAGAAGUACUGGCACAACUGGGGCGAAUGAAGAAUCCUCCCGUUCCCAUGCCAUACUUCAGCUGGCUAUCAAGAAAUUUGUUGAUGGAAAUGAAUCAAAGCCUCCUCGUCUAGUUGGAAAACUAUCUUUUAUAGACCUCGCUGGAAGUGAGAGAGGUGCAGAUACCACAGAUAAUGACAAACAGACAAGAAUGGAAGGUGCUGAGAUUAAUAAGAGCUUACUUGCAUUGAAAGAGUGCAUCAGAGCUCUUGACAACGACCAGGGACAUAUUCCCUUUAGGGGGAGCAAAUUAACCGAAGUACUUAGAGACUCCUUUGUAGGAAAUUCACGCACUGUUAUGAUAUCUUGCAUUUCACCUAGCUCUGGAUCAUGUGAACAUACUCUCAAUACUUUAAGAUAUGCUGACAGGGUGAAGAGCCUUUCGAGAGGGAACAACGCUAAGAAGGACAUGUUGUCAUCUACAGUGAACCUAAAGGAAUCAAUAACUGUUCCCCUAUCUUCCGCUCUACCUACUGCAUCCAAUUUUGAGGAUGACAUGACUGAUGCAUGGCCUGAACAAAACGUGAGAGAUGAUUAUGAAGUAUCAGAAGAUUCCUAUGAGCAAGAAAGGCCAAUGUGGAAGAAGAGCGGCAAAUUAGAACAAUACAAUAUGUCAAUUUCAGAGGACAAGACAAGGAAACCCAAUAGUCAGACAAAAUGGAACGAACUUCCUAAAGCUGAUCUUAAGAGCUCAAAAUCGGAGGAUGAUUUAAAUGCCCUGCUACAGGAAGAGGAAGAUCUUGUUAAUGCUCACCGCAAACAAGUAGAGGAGACUAUGAAUAUUGUCCGAGAGGAAAUGACUCUGUUGGUUGAAGCGGACCAACCAGGGAAUCAGCUGGAUGAUUAUGUUACUAGGUUGAAUGCCAUUCUUUCACAGAAGGCUGCUGGCAUCCUGCAAUUACAAACUCGUUUGGCUCGUUUUCAAAAGCGUUUAAAGGAACACAAUGUUCUGGUGUCAUCUUCAGGCCACUGAUGUCAUGCGGAGGCUCAGCAAGAAAUUGUUAAUUGCUACUUCCUAUCAACCAGAACUGCAGGGUUGUGGAUUUGGUUUUAUGCAAUUUUUUAUUUUUUUGGGGAGCAUCAGUUGGAAUUGGUGUCAUGCAGCAUAUUGCUGGAUGCGGCAAGCUUUUUAUCGUUGAGGGGCUGCAAAAUUUAUUUACAGAACCGGGUUCCUACGCUCAUCUACCGGAUACCAUACAGUCUUGAUCCCCACACACUAUGUCUUUUCCCUUUUAUGCAAGUUAUCGGCAGUCAUAUAGGAUUCACUUGCCAUUGAGGAUAUUGUCAUUCAAUUGUUCAUGUACUGGGUAAUGUAUGAAGUUUGUUUGUGUCAUUCAAUUCAUGUUAGAUUUCCUAUGUAGAAAUCUAGCUUGAAGUAAUUUGCUAAUAUUGGAUGGAGGUAUGUAUCAUGUAAACCUGUAUGAUUUCACAUAAGAGAGUAUUUUGUCCGUCCAU